AUCAACGUCUUUCCAUGAUCUAACCGAAAAAAUUUGACUGCCGUAUUUUUAGGAUCUAAGCGAAAAUAUCCAACAUCAAUUACCUCAUUGUGCCUGUGAUGAAAGAAUGAUAUUUAGAUGAUACCUGGAGGACUUCUUGUGUAAUUACUCAAAACAAAAUUAAAUACAGUAUACCGAGUCAUCUAUCAAUGAAUUUAUCAUACGAUUAAAAAUAUCUGAAGCUUUCAAAUAAUUAAGCUUCAUAACCGUGUGCACGUCAGAAAAGAGUUAUGCUUUGGAGCGAGUGUUCGUUAAAACAUCCAGCAGCCAAUGCCGAUCUUAGCUUGGGUUCUUAGGUGCAUUAUGGGUAGUGGAAGUAGUGUGUCCUCACAUCCAUCCUCACCCGAGCUCAAGGUAACCGAAGUUAAUCGCAGGAAUUCUGUUUACACUGAGAAGUGGAAUGGUCAUGUGAUCACAAAUGAUGUUGCUCCCGUACUUAUCAGUCGUGAUUGCUGCGAAGAAUUUCAAAUUAACAUCGACAAACAAAAACCUGUUCUUGGAGCAAUCAGUGAAGGAAAUUCAGAACAUGCUUUGAUUCAGGGAAUGUACUUUUUAGUGUUGGACCAUUUCAAAGGCAUCGAUGAGAUUAACACAUUACCGAAGUAUGGCGUUGUUAAUUUCCGAACUGCCGGCCACGGUUUUCCCGUUUACGGAAUGGGGCAGCCAAGUGGGAAUGGGCUUCAUAAUGUUAUGAAUUUUCUACAGAGAGAAAAUAUUGAGGAUGUAAUAUUUUUGAAUUUACGAGAUGAGCCAGUGUUGUUUCUGAGUCACAAAGGUGACCUGAAACCAUACACUCCUCGUAAUAAGGACAGUGUGUUGCAGAACAUCUCGUCCAGAGGAAGGCCUACUGAGAUUGAAGCCAUUAUAGCCAAAGAAGUUGUUGAGAUUGCAACGACAGAUGAAGACAAUCAGUUUUAUUUUUAUGACGACGUAAUGAACUUGAUGGAAGAUCCCCACAAAUAUCAUGUACAGUUUUUGGAUGAUUUCCAGACAACUGAACAAGUUUUUGCCCAAUAUAUACUGCCUCGGCCAAACACGAAAUACUUAAGAUUCCCUUGUAGCAGUGGCAACACACCUUCAGAUGUCGCUGUUGACAGUUUCCUUAAUCUUAUUAAAGAAAUACCUGACUUCUUUGAUAAAGCCAACUCAAAAUUACCAGCAUUUGUAGUCAAUUGUCAUACAGGACAGGGAAGAACAACUGUUGCUAUGGUGAUGUGCUGUCUGCUACUAUCACAUAAGAAAGGUUGUCAACAACAAAUCAAGUGUGACAGUAUGGUAUCUGAUGAUCACCUGAAGGGGGAAGGAGGUACGUUCUUGACUGUACUCAGACUCAUAGAACUUCUACCAAAAGGCUUGCAGAUGAAAAAUGAAGUUGAUAUUUUGAUUGAUAUCUGUGGUGAAUUAAUCAACAUUCGUGAAGAAAUGUACGACAGUAAGGUGAAGAUGGCUAGUCUGCAGCAAGACUACAAUAUUAAUGGUGUCAGUGCAAGAUUAUAUUUCAAGUCGAGGACACUCAAGUAUUUGGAGCGAUACUGUUUCCUAAUUAUCUUCAACUCCUACUUACAUGACCAGUUUUCCCACAUGUUUCUUUAUUCGUUCCAAUCCUGGAUACGGCAACAACCGGAUUUAGUUCGACUGCUGUCUCAGCGUGAUUGUUGUCAAGAGAAUGAAUCACUGACCAUACUAACAAAAGGUGGUUGUGUCUUGGUCUCGGAUGAGUCAUUGGAUAAUGACGUGAUGGGUUCUACACCUGAUGUCGGUGUGUCCAACUUCCGGUGUAUUUCCGGUAUUCCAGUUUACGGUGUAGCACAGCCUACCUUCCAGGGUUUAGAAAAACUUGUGCCAUAUUUAACAGACAACAAAGCAAGCCAUCCUGUGGUUCACUUCUUUAACCUGAGGUCUGACCUUGUUGUCGAAUGUGACGGACAAACAUACACUCUCAAAUAUCACUCUGAUCCCAGUGCAAAUAUUUUCUACAAAAACAAUGAUGUUGAAGAUUUAGAACAAAAAGAGGCUAAACUUAAGAAUGAAAUAUUGCAAGAAAAAGGCCCAUUACAGGUACAUUACACUGAUACUAAAUGGCCUGCGGUUGCUAUGGAGUUUAAGAGUGCGUUCACCUUGAGAGAGUUGUAUAAAUCGCGGGGAUCUGACAAGUUAAUUUAUCAUCAUCUCCCGAUGAGCUGUCAUGAGACUGCACCGAAAGAGCAAAACUUUGACAGUAUAGUAAAUGUUUUGCGUGACUUGGAAGAGUUCUAUACUGAUGAGGAUGGUCCAGCGUUGCUUUUUAGCUGUCACAGUGGCAAAACCUGGACAACCGUUGGAAUGGUCAUCGCAGGCCUUGUCUGCUGGCAUAAGAGGGGAUUUCCUAUUGGUACAAAAGUGGGCCAACAAGAAAGAACCUGUGUCCAAAAUGCCGAGUACACUAAAGGAGAAUUUGCUGUUGUGAUGCAGUUAGUAAGGAGGCUGCCUAAAGGGUUACAAGUCAAACGGGAAGUUGACCUUAUGCUUGACAAGUGUUCAGAGACAAUGACCCCGAUGCACUACCACCUCAGAGAGGUCAUCUUUGCAACAUGUAACAAGGUGAAGUCAUGCAGCUCAGAACAUAAGAAAGACCUGCUUAUGUUAUCACUAGCAUACCUUGAGCGAUACAUCUACCUGAUACUAUUCAACUGUUAUCUGCACAUGGAGAGAGCUGCUGGGUGGAGGAAAACAUUUACAACGUGGAUGAAAGAGACUGGCUCUAAAGUUGGUGCCUACACAAUAUUGGACAAUUUGAAUUUUCAUGAUGUUGACGGACUGGAAGACACCGAUGUGUACUGUUGCCGAGAGCGAUGGAAAGAAGAAUGUCGUAUCAAAGAGUUUCCAAAGAAGCCACCUUGUAUCUCUUGAGCUUUGUAAGAUGUGGUCUUCUGUUUUAAUGCUGAGCCUUCGUCUUUAUGUUUAUAUUAAAAUGAAACAUCCAUAAAUCUUAAUGCUCUGAUUGACUGUGCCACAUUUGAUGUGUAUCAGUGACCAGCUGUAUAAUGCACCUGGUAAACAGUCUUUUGGUGACAGUAUGUGCAAUUAAUUGAUGGCGAGUUUUUUUUGCUAAAGUGCAUUUUCAGCCUAGUCUUCUUGUAUCCAGUGCACACAUUUUAGUUUUAUAUAGAGCAUCUCAAAACCACAACUUGGGUUUUAAGUGAAAGUUUAAUAAAAAAUAUAUAGUAUAUAUAUUAUUUAAUAUAAAUAUAUGGUAUAUUUUGAAAGAGCAGAAAGUGCUGUGUUUGAUUUAGAAUUGAAGAUUAAGCAAACUAAUGAAUGAUUUUAUCCACAACUAGUAUAACUUAGAAUCAAAAUUCAAAAUAUUUAUGAAAUUGAGCAUGAAAUGAAUUCUAGAGUCUUGUUUGCUCUCUAACAUUUUUAAUUUUAAGAACAAAGGGGACAGGUAGGUCAAGAAAAAAUUUAAUAUAAUGAGAAAGGAAUAGUGGUACUGUAUAUUGGAGCAUGAUAAAAUUGUUCCAUUUGGUUUGGUUUACUCAGUGCAGAUAUAGAGUACAACAAUGUUAAACUAGAACCUACAUUAGUCAGAAUUAGCAAUUCAAAAGGGUAUUAAAAAGGGGUUGAUGAAGUAUGUGUAAUAGAAAAGUGAAGGGAGAUCUAGUGGGGGAAAUCAGUUAAUAUUUCUGCCUUGUCACUAUUGAGUGUAAUACUUUGCUGUUGGAGCUACCUAUCAGGGUGAAAAUUGUUGUGGUGUUCAUUCUCCCCUCCAUAAUGUCUUGAUUUAUAUUCCCUGGUCAGAUGAUAUAAUUCCAUUGAAUUCUCUAAGGGAAGUACUGUAGUAUUCCUUUUCUGAUGUGUGCAGUUUAAGUCCAGUAAAGGUGACUAUGGGUCCAUCACAGUUUUGUAAGAUAUUUCUAUUUAUUUUUUUAUUGUUAUAUAGUGCUUUAUGUGAUGUUUGUGUCUGUAAACCAUGUUUAUGUGAUGAAGAUGUAUUAGCUUACAUCUUUCAGCCUUUACAAAGGGGCAUAUUUUCAUUGAUUGCUGGCAAUUCUUAAGUUAUAUUAGGAAUUUGGUUUUGGCCCUUCAAAUAAACUGUAAUUCCUCAGGUUUACGGCAA